UACAACAAUAAUCACACACUUGAAUCAAUAUCUUGAAGUCUCCUAAUAAUCCUCUUGUUUCCCAUCACGAAUUCAUGCAAAUGGGAAUCCCUCACUUUCUUUGCAUACCAUUUCCAGUUCAAGGACACGUGAACCCCCUUAUGCAAUUCUCUCUUCUUUUGGCCAAACACGGUUGCAAGGUGACUUUUGUACACACAGAGUUCAGCCUCAAACGAGCCAACACUGCUGGUGCUGACAACUUGGAAGGAUCACAGAUAAAGUUGGUGACUCUCCCUGAUGGUUUGGACCCUCAAGAUGACAGAAGCGAUGGGAUCAAACUUCUUUUCUCAAUAAAAAGCACCAUGCGUUCUAGGCUUCCAAAGCUUAUACAAGAUGUUAAUGCUUUGGAUGCGCACAAUAAGAUCACUUGUAUAAUUGUUACAAUACAUAUGGGUUGGGCUUUGGAAGUUGGCCACAAACUCGGGAUCAGAGGGGCUAACCUCUGUCCAGCCUCUGCAACUUCCCUGGCUUCUCUUGUUUGCAUCCCAAAGCUCAUUCAUGAUGCCAUUAUUGAUUCUCAAGGACUUCCCACCAAAAAGCAAGAAAUUCAACUCUCUCCAAAUAUGCCAAUGAUUGACACACAAAACUUCCCAUGGCGUGGCUUUAACAAGACCUUCUUUGACCAUUUAGUGCAAGAGAUGCAAACUUCGGAGUUAGGAGAGUGGUGGCUUUGCAACACUACCUAUGAUCUUGAGCCAGGAGCAAUUUCCAUAUCACCAAAGUUCCUCCCCAUUGGCCCAUUGAUGGAAAGUGACAGCAACAAAAGCUCAUUCUGGCAAGAAGACACAACUUGUUUAGAAUGGUUAGAUCAGCAACCACCUCAAUCUGUUGUUUAUGUUUCCUUUGGUAGUUUGGCAGUAAUGGACCCUACCCAAUUCCAAGAAUUAGCCCUUGCACUUGAUCUCAUUGACAAGCCUUUUAUAUGGGUUGUACGUCCAAGUAAUGACAACAAAGUAAAUGCUAAUGCAUACCCACAUGGAUUUCAUGGAAGUAAAGGUAAAAUAGUAGGUUGGGCACCACAGAUGAAGAUAUUGAACCACCCUUCCAUUGCUUGCUUCAUUAGUCAUUGUGGUUGGAAUUCUACCAUAGAAGGUGUAUGUGCUGGUGUACCAUUCUUGUGUUGGCCUUGUGCCACUGAUCAAUAUCUUGACAAGUCAUAUAUUUGUGAUGUGUGGAAGAUUGGACUUGGAUUAGAGAAGGAUGAAAAUGGAAUAAUUUCAAGGGGAGAGAUAAAGAAGAAGGUGCAUCAACUUGUUGGUGAUGAAGACAUAAAAGCAAGGUCUUUGAAAUGGAAGGAAAUUAUCAUAAAUGACAUAGCAGAAGGUGGUCAGUCAUUGAAGAAUCUCAAGUUCUUCAUUGACUGGGCGAAGUAAUUGGGCUUCAUUCAGAUAAUAAUAUCUUUUUCUUCUCAUUUGACCUGUACCAUUUUUACUUUCAAAAAAAAUGGGCUUAGGAUAAGGCAACACAUUUGGCCUUUUUUAAUAAUUAAAAAAAAGUUAAUCAUCUAUAGAUUAUUCGUGUAAAGUUUUUUUAUACUGGCAAUCAAUUAUA